CACCAAACUCCAAGAACCUUUUCCUGCCCCCUUCUCUCUCUCUCUCUCUCUCUCUCUCUGCCUUUCUCAGCAAAUGCCAUCCCUCCAUCUCUUCUAAAUCUCUCUCCCAUAAUGGACGAUGAUCUUCGCCCCUUGCCAUCCACCCUCUUCCAUCUUCAAAUCCCAGCCGUAGAUCUCAAUCUCCCCUUAUAAAACCCUCACGCUAUCCAUCUCUCUCUCCCUCCCUUCCGCUCUCUCCAAUCCAUCCGACAAUGCUCAAGCAAUUCCUCAGCAAACUCCCUCGUAAAUCCACCAAACCUGAUAAUGCCGAUCCCUCAUCCGGACCGUCGAUCCAACGAUCCAACAGCUCAUCUAACGCUGUCCCCGCGGUGGGCCCCCGAUCGUCCUCCUCCAACUCCUCAUCCGCAGCAGCUUCCGUCAAGCGCAUGUCGUCCGCUGUCUUCCCCUCCAGCGUCGUGGCCGGCAUCGAGCCGCUCCUCUCCUUCAAAGACGUGCCGAUUUCCGAGAAGCAGAGCCUCUUCAUCAGCAAAUCCAACCUCUGCUGCGUCGUUUUCGACUUCACAGAUCCCACCAAGAACCCAGCAGAGAAGGAUCUCAAGCGCCAGGCCCUGAUCGACCUCGUCGACUUCGUCGCCUCUCCCUCGGCUCGCUUCACCGAGCCCGUCAUCGCCGCCAUCUGCAAGGUUUCAGCCACUAACCUCUUCCGAGUCUUCCCCCCGAACUACCGGUCCGGCAGUGGGCCCGGAGCCGAGACCGAGGAGGAUGAGCCCGUCUUCGACCCCGCGUGGCCGCAUCUCCAGAUUGUGUACGAUCUGCUCCUGAGGUUCGUUGCAUCCCCUUCGCUCGAUGCCAAGGUCGCGAAGAAGCACAUCGACCACGGAUUCAUUUCGAGGCUUCUUGAUCUCUUCGAUUCAGAGGAUCCGAGGGAGCGGGACUGCCUCAAGACGAUCCUCCACCGGAUCUACGGCAAGUUCAUGGUGCACCGCCCGUUCAUAAGGAAAUCCGUUAGCAACAUCUUCUACAGAUUCGUCUUCGAGACGGAACGGCACAACGGGAUUGCGGAGCUGUUGGAGAUCUUCGGCAGUGUGAUCAGUGGGUUUGCGCUGCCGUUGAAGGAGGAGCACAAGAUGUUCCUUUGGCGGGCGUUGAUUCCGCUGCACAAGACUAGGUCUGUCGGUUUGUAUGUGCAGCAGCUGACGUUCUGUGUGACACAGUUCAUAGAGAAGGAGCCGAAGCUGGCCGGGACGGUCAUACGGGGGCUGUUGAAGUAUUGGCCCUUGACGAAUAGUGGGAAGGAGGCGAUGUUCUUGGGCGAGCUGGAAGAGGUUUUGGAAGCAACGAAUGUGGCGGAGUUUCAGAAAUGUAUGGUACCAUUGUUCCGGCGGAUUGCAUGCUGUCUUAACAGCUCCCAUUUUCAGGUCGCCGAGAGGACCCUCUUCUUGUGGAACAAUGACCACAUUGUGAGCCUGAUUGCACAGAACCGGCAAGUGAUACUCCCCCUAAUCUUCCCAGCUCUGGAGAGGAACACCCGGACCCACUGGAACCAGGCUGUCCUCAACCUGACGCUGAACGUGCGGAAGAUGUUCUCAGAGAUGGAUGAGGAGCUCUUCCAGGAGUGCCAGAACCGUUUUGAGGAGGAAGAGGCGAAGCGGAGGGCGACGGAGGAGAAGCGCAGGCUGACAUGGGAACGCCUGGAGUCUGUCGCUGGUUUCAGGCCAGUGACUGGGAACAUGGCCGUCCUGGUAAAAUCUCCGGCAGCCCCUCCACUCAUUGCAGCUAGUCUAAAUUAGGUGCACCCCCCCUUUUUAUUGUUAUUUUUUACGUAUCCCUCUGCUAAUCAAAUCCCUUAUUUUUGAGCACCUGAUAGUAUGUAUUUUAGAAGAAAAGGGUCAUGGGAUGUCAAUGUAAGCUUCUUCUUCUUCUUUCUUUCCCCCCCUCAAUUUCAUGUUUUAAAAAAGUUUGGAGGGGUUGCCACUGCCUUGAAUGUAGGUACAAGAAAGUGCCCUGCAAUCUCUAGUAGAGCGCUUCUUCUCUCAA